AUGCAGCGCCGGGGGGGAGACGAGGGGCCGACACCGCGCACAGCGCCGCCGGUGACGGUCAUCGAUCCCACCACGGGAGAGAGCAUGCAGAUGACCAAAACCGCCGCAAAGAAACUUGCGCGCCGCGCCAUGCGCGAGGCAAAAAAGGAGGCGAGGAAGCCCGAGUUCCGCGCACGCGAACGACAGCGGCGCAAGGAACGGCGGAUCUUGCAGCGUGAGGAGCGAUCUAAAGAUCCAGAUGCACAAGAAUUUGCACAGCAGCCACGUCCAUGUGUCGAGCCGUUCCACGCGCGCGUCGCAGUCGAUUUAGGAUUUGACGAUAUGAUGACGCAGGACGAGACGACGUCGCUUGCGUCGCAACUAGGGUACCUGUACGGCGUAAACCGUACAAGCUCGCAUCCUUUUUCGCAGGUGUUGUUUGUAGGCGCAGGGCGCACGAGUGCGCGUUCGCUUGGGUUUGCGCCGCCAAAAAGCGGCAUGCAUGUGUAUCCCGACCCGGGCACGAGUGAGACUUCGCUGCUGCACGAUCGAGUAGGCAAGCACAUGGAGGAUAAGAAUCGCGGUGUAUGGCAUCGCUGGAAGCGGGUGAAUCUGCUGGAAUAUGGUGGAUUGGAGGCGCUAUGGGACGAAUCUACGACGGCGGUAGCGCCAUGCGCAAAAAGCAACGUGGUGUACCUCACCGCGGAUACGGGCAAUACGAUCGACGCGCUCGAAGAAGGGAAAACGUACGUGAUUGGAGGCAUCGUAGACCGGAACAGGUACAAGCAUCUAUGCGCAAAAAAAGCAGAGGCCAUGGGGAUAACCAUGGCGCGACUUCCUAUCGAUCCGUCCUACCUCGGGGGGCAACACAUGGGUGCGCGGCGAGUUCUCACCGUGAAUCAAGUGUUUGCGAUCCUCGUAGGAUGGACAGAGACGCGUGAUUGGACCGCUGCUUUGCAGCGUGGUCUGCCUAUGCGCAAAUUUGUGGCUCAGGAGGGUACUGGCGAAGCGCAAUGA